AUGUUCACGCCGCUUAGGAGGCCGUCACCGGCAAUCACUUUAACUCCUCGAAGUGAUAUGCACAAAAGUGGCGGGGCUAAUGCGGGGGCCACUAACCCUGGAACUGGGGCGAAGGGCAAGGCGGUGGCUUUCAUUGAUGGGCCUCCUCCGCCCCCAUCGUAUGUGGGAUCGCUGAGUGGGAAUGGGGAUGAGUUGGGUGCGGAAGGUAUGGAGGAUUGGAGGAGGUUUAGAGAGGUGGGUUUGUUAGAUGAGGCUACUAUGGAGAGGAAGGACCGGGAGGCGCUUUUAGAGAAGGUUUCCAGGCUGGAAAACGAGCUUUUUGAUUAUCAGUAUAACAUGGGGCUUUUCCUGAUCGAGAAAAAGGAGUGGAGUUCAAAGAAUGAAGAGCUAAGGCAGGCAUGGACAGAAACUGAAGAAAUUCUCAAACGUGAGCAGUCAGCACACUCAAUUGUUUUAUCUGAAGUUGAGAAACGAGAGGAAAAUUUAAGAAAAGCAUUGAGUAUUGAGAAGCAGUGUGUGGGUGAACUUGAAAAGGCUUUGCAUGACUUGCAAGAGGAGCACCUGCUAAUCAAGCAGGUUUCUGACACAAAGUUGGCUGAUGCAAAAGCUUUAGCUGCUGGAAUUGAAGAGAAAUCUUUGGAGGUGGAAGAAAAAAUGCACAUUGCUGAAUCCAAGCUUGCUGAAGUUAACAGGAAAUGCUCAGAGCUGGAUAUGAAAUUGCAAGAGGUGGAAGCUCGUGAAAAUUUGCUUCAGAGGGAGCGCCUCUCCUUUAAUACAGAACGAGAAGCACACAAGGCAACUUUCUAUAAACAGAGAGAAGAAUUGCAAGAAUGGGAAAGGAAACUGCAGAAAGGGGAAGAGAGCUUAUGUGAGCUUCAGAGAACCCUUAGUCAGAGAGAGGAAAAGGCAAAUGAAAAUGAGAGGGUUCUCAAUCAGAAGGAGGUAGAUCUUGUAGAGGCAGAAAAGAAGAUUGAUUUAUCACUUGCAAAGUUGAAGGAGAGGGAAGAUGAUGUGAAUAAUCAGCUAUUGGACUUGGUUACACAAGAGAAGGAAGCGGAUUCUCUGAGAAGCACCCUAGAGACUAAAGAGAAGGAAUUGCUUGCUUGGGAAGAAAAGCUUAGUGCUCGUGAAAGAGUAGAAGUCCAAGAACUCCUUGAUGAACACAGAACCAUUCUGGAGGCCAAAAUUCAGGAGGCCGACUUGCAACUGGAAAAGAAAAGGAAGAAUCUUGAAGAAGAAUUGAGAAGCAAGGCUGAUGCGGUGAAGCUGCAUGAAACAGAAAUUCUUCACAGAGAAGAGAAGUUGGGAAAGCAAGAUCUAGCGUUGGAUAAGAAGUCUGAUAGGGUGAAGGAUAAAGAGAAGGACCUUGAUGCAAGAUUGAAGGUUGUAAAGGAGAAAGAUAAAUCUAUGAAGGCUGAGCAGAAAAAGUUGGAGCUGCAGAAGAAGCAGUUGCUUUCUGAUGAAGUUAGUGUGCAACUUCUCAAAGAUGAUUGUGAGAAGCUGAGGGCUGAAAUUGCUCAGCAGGAGCUGCAGAUCGGGGAAGAGAGUGAAAACAUUAAAAUAGCUAAUAACGAGAGGUCAGAAUACCUUCGCUUGCAGGCUGAACUGAAACAGGAGCUAGAGACGCGCAGGCGCCAGGUGGAGUUACUUUUGAAAGAAGGUGAAGAUUUGGAACUGGAAAGGGUGAAGUUUGAGCAAGAAUGGAAAGUGCUGGAAGAGAAAAGAGCUCAAAUUAGUAAGGAGCAGAAGGACAUUGUUCGAGAGAGAGAGAGAUUAAAAAAGAUGAAGAAUGCUGAGGGAGAAAGGCUGAAAAAAGAGGAAAAUGCAAUGCAAGAGUAUGCUCAGAGAGAGUUGGAGGCUGUCAGACUGGAGAAAGAAUCAUUUGAAGCCAGAAAGAGGCACGAGCAAUUGGUUUUAUCUGAAAAGGCUGAAAAUGCGCACAUUCAAAUGGUUCAAGAUUUUGACUCAGAGAGAAGUAAUUUUGAGACUGGUUUAAUAAAUAGGCGGGAAGAAAUGGAGAAAGCGCAGCGAGGAAGGGAAAGGGGGUUCAGGAUACUGAAGGAGAGAGAACUUAACACUAUUAACAACUUAAAAGAAGUUGCUCAGAGGGAAAUGGAAGAAAUAGAAUCUGAAAGGCGUGCACUGGACAAGGAAAGACAAGAAGUUGUAAAAAACAAGGAAAAGCUAGAAGAACAACAGUAUGGAAUUAAGAAAGACAUCAAUGAGCUUGGGAUUCUUAGCAAGAAGCUUCAGAAACAAAGAGAGCAGGUUAUCAGCGAAAGAAACCACUUUCUUUCUUUUGUUGAGAAGCACAAGAGUUGCAAAAAUUGUGGAGAUGGUACUAGGGAGUUUGUACUUUCUGAUCUCCAACCACCGCACAUGGAAGACAGGGAGAACAUUCCUUUACCGAAGGUAUCUGAUGAAUUUUUUAGGAAUGAUGAAGGUGGGGUAGAUGUUUCUGAUAUUCUGAAUAUCAAGAGAUCUCCUGGGGAAGAUUUGGGAUCCAAUUCUCAGGGACAUAUAUCUUGGCUCCGCAAAUGCACCUCAAAGAUUUUCAGCAUAUCCUCUACUAGAAAAAUUCAGCAUGUUUCUACUCCAACUAUUGAGCGAGGGUGCCCUUCAUCACCUUUGUGUGUCGAUAUGGAAGAAAGAGUUGAGGGAUCUACCAUUAAAGAAGCUGUCAAAGUGAGUGCUAUUCAUGUAGAUGAAGCACGGGUGUCCUUUGGUACUGCAGAUGAUUCUGUUGACAUUCAGCACCGCCAAUCUGAUGGAAUUAAAAAAGGUGCAGGUGGUGGGUAUUCUGUGUCUCUUGACGAUCAAAGCUAUAUGGAUAGUAAGAUGCAGGACAUGCCAGAAGAUUCUGAGCAGUCAGAGCUGAAGAGAGGAAGGCGAAAACCUGGGAGGAGAAAGAAGGCUGGACUAGGCAGAACACGGUCAGUAAAGGCAGUGGUUGAGGAUGCAAAGUUGUUUAUUGGGGAAAGCCUGGAAGAAACUGAACAUAAUUCAAGUGUUCAGCCUAAUGAUAUUUCUCAUACCAGCGAUGAAAGUCGGGGUACAAGUGUCAGUAAGAAGUCAGCUAGCAAUGUUGCAAGAAAGCGGCAACGUGUACCUACAGAAAGCGAGCAGGAUGUUGGUGACAGCGAAGGACGCUCAGAGAGUGUCACUGCUGGUGGGCGCAGGAAGAGGCAACAACUAGUGGCUCCAGCAGCCCCUACUCCAGGGCAAAAGCGAUACAAUCUUAGACGACAUAAGACUGCAGGCACGACCUUGGCCACCCAAGCUUCAUCUGACUUGACAAAGGGUGAGAAGACAGCUGAUGGUGAUGCUGCUGCAGAACCGACUCGAAACACUGAAACUGCUCCUGUGCUGUCACUUGGAGUCACUAGUGAGAACCACAAACCUUCCAACUCGGUGAAUGUUACGACACUGAAAAGUGUGGAGUUGUCACCGGACAAGGUGGUCAGGUUCCAAACAGCAGAUGUUGAUGACCAAGCUGAUGCAGCGAAAUCGGUUGGAAUUACAGAGAUGAGUGAGGAAGUAAAUGGUAUACCAGAGUAUGAGGAUGAAGCAGAAAAUGACAGCACAAUCCAUGAGGAUGAAGAUGACUAUGAUGAAGAUGAGUUGCAGCAUCCUGGUGAAGUUUCAAUAGGAAAGAAGAUCUGGACCUUCUUCACUACAUAA